AAUAUUAUCAUAUAAUGAUUUACAAGACCAAGUAAGAUCUGCAACUUUUUUAGUCGAAGACGAUAGUGAAGACAUUAUUGAAGAUUCUGAAAUAGAAGAGGCUGAUUAUAAUUUAGAAAUUAUUGAACGUUUUGACAUUGAAAAUAUAGUAUUCUUAAAUGAUAAAAUGUUCCAAGAUGGUGAAUCUGAUGCCAAUAGGCAAGGUAUAUAUGAUUUUGAUCCUACGGAUUUAGUAGCAAAUUUGAUAGAAGAAUGGAGCUAUGAAAAUAAUAAUAAUAGUUUAGAUAAAUAUGUUAAUAGUGAUUCAAAUGCUGUAGAUGAAGAAGAUAUUAGUGAGAAUUUAGAUAAUAUAGAGAAUGAAAAUGAAAAUUCAGAAUCUUUACUUAUAGCUCUUUGA